CGUCAUCCAGCCUCCAUUACCACUACCUGUAGACAAGGUUUCGGCCAACACUCCCAGUAUGUACUCUCAGGAACUCUUCCAACUCUCCCAGUAUUUACAGGAGGCCUUACACAGAGAGCAGAUGUUGGAGCAGAAGUUAGCCACACUGCAGCGUCUGUUAGCCAACACUCAGGAGGCCUCAGAGAGCAGCUGGCAGGCUCUGAUCGAUGAGGACCGUUUGCUCUCCCGACUGGAGGUGAUGGGCAGUCAGCUACAGGCCUACUCCAAGUCGCAGACAGAGGAGGGGAUGCGGAAAGAGCUUUUGGCUCUUCAGGAGGACAAACACAACUAUGAGACGACGGCAAAAGAGUCUCUGAGGAGAGUCCUGCAGGAGAAGAUCGAGGUGUUCAGGAAGCUAUCGGAAGUGGAGCGCUCACUCAGCAACACGGAAGACGAGUGCACUCACCUGAAGGAGAUGUCUGAGAGGAGUCAGGAGGAGCUGAGGGAGCUCGCCAAUAAGUACAACGCCGCUGUCAACGAGAUAAAAGAACUCACUGACAAAAUUAAGGCGGCGGAAGGCCGGCAAGAAGAGCUGACCCAACGAGGAGAGACGGAGAAGAGGGAUCUGGAAAUGAAGAUCGAAGAGAUGGAGGAGAAGGAGCAGGUUCUCCAGGCCCGCAUCGAAGCUCUGCAGGCAGACAACGACUUCACCAAUGAGAGACUGGCUGCUCUUCAGGCUCGCUUAGAGCAGCUACAGGAGAAAAGCAGUAAAGAAAACAACAGUCUGGAGGUGGACCUAGUCCCCCCCGGAGCCACAGAGGAGCCGGUGGAAGACCCAAAGAGCCUGCAGAUGCCGGAGAGCCAGGACGACAAAGACACUGAUGAGGAGGCAGUUCAUGAAGAUAAAGAUGUUGUUGACAACUAUCAUGUCAACAACAGCAGCGGAGAAUCCACUAGAAUCCAACAGUUGAUUGAAUGUCAGCCUGUCAGGCAGCUGAAGGACACCGUCAGUUCUUCAAUUCACAAACUGGCCAACUUUGAUGUAGAAGUCAUGGACGCCCACCUUCAGAACAACCAGACUGCAGGAGGAGACAUACUGAGCAGUCCUGACCGACUCAAAGGGAACCAGAUGGAUGCCAAAGAGUCAGACAUGUCAGAUACGCUGAGUCCCAGCAAAGACCGCAGCAGUGAUGACACGUCAGAUGGAAACAUGGAUGACCAGGAACUAAACGAGCAGCAGAACAGAGUAGCCCUGCUCAAAGAGUUGAGUCCGGCCGGUUUGGAGUCUGGAGACACGGAGCAGGUCAUCCACCACCUCCACAGGGAACUUCUAGAGGCCCAGGAGCUGGCCAACACUGGGAAGCAGAAGUGUCUGGAGCUACAAGCUCUCCUGGAGGAGGAGAGGAGGAGUAACUCGAAGCUGACUGAGGAGUCGACCAAGCAGAUCCAGUACCUACAGACUCAGCUGGGGAAGCUGCAGACAGACAUGGAGGCACUGAGGGAGCAGAGGGAGAGCACCAUCUGCAACACCAGGGAGGAGCUGUACUCAGCCCAGGAGGAGAUUCUCGUCCUGCGACAUGCCAUGGAGACGGCCACAGUGGACAGAGAGCGUGAGAUUGCCGCCCUGCAGGCAGACCUGGGCAGCGUGCGCUCUGACUUGGAGCACUGGAGGAGCACGGCGGCCAAGUAUGAGGCAGAGAUCAAACAUCUGCAGGAGGCCUUCACGCAGCAGCAGCAGCAGCAUUUCGACGCCAGCCGGCUGCAGGCGGAUUGUGAGGCACUGCAGCAGCGCUGUGUGUGUUUGCAGCAGGACUGUGACGGCCUGAGGACAGAGCGCAAGGCUCUGACGGAGAAACUGCACCGCCUGGAGGCCGAGCUGAGCAGCUCCAAGGAGCAGAGCCAGGUCCUCAGCAGUAGUCUGGAGUCUCUGGAGAAGAGGGAGGAGGUCCUGCAGGACAAACUCGGUUCUCUGGAAAAUCAACACCUGCGGGAUGCAAGCCGGCUGAAGAGCCAGCUGGACCAGGCCCAGGCCCGGACGCACACCCUGCAGAAGGAGUAUGAAGACACUCAGUCGCAGCUGCUGGACCUCCGUCAGCAGUAUGAGAAGACGGAGCAGGAGAAGCUGAACAUCCACCAGGAGCUGGAGCAGUGCAGGAGCAGCCUGAAGCUGCUGCAGGACAAGAGCAGCUCUAGCGGCUGGAGCCCCUGGAUGCCGGUCAUCGCAGUGAUGGUCGCUGUGACGGCAGCCGUCCUCUACCCCAACCUCUCCAAGAGCAGCUCCACCUGAGACCCCCGGACGGAGGAUCUGCUGGACUCUAUAGUGUCAUUGUACAUAUGGGGGGGCAGGUUGUGGUUUCUGCAGAGGACUUCAAUGCUUCUGGGUUUAUUUUUGAGGCUUGUUUUCUCCUCUCAGGAGGACUUCUGUGGUUGGGGGGGUUCUUCUUUCUUUCUCCAGCAGGUGGCGGUUCCUCACAGCGAGCGUGCUGGAGCUCACCUGAACAUCCAGCUUUCCUGCAGACGAGUGAAUGUGACGGGGCUGUAGCAUUUCCACACGGAUUCUCACGUUGCAGAAACGUCCUAAAUGUCGUCUUCUAGCUCGUUUGUUUUUUUUCUUAGCUGAAACGUUUGUUUUUACCAAUUAGUGAUCAGGGUGGGGGGGUAAAUGAGCGGCUCAGUCCCGAACCGGAUCAAGGAGAACCAGCUCCUGCAGGACUCUACUCCAUCUGGUUCAGACUUCAUUCUUUCCUGUUUGGGAUAAAACUGAUUGAUUGAAAAGAUUCAGAUUCAUUAUUUUGGUUUGUUUUGGGGAACAAAAGCAGCUAAACUUUAAUCCGUCAGACGCUGGAAAUGCUAAAAAUCACGCUGAUCCAGAACUUUGUCCAAAGCCUCCAUCCUCCAGGUUAAAACUGAAGAGGGUUUUCAUCCGUUUCCUGUUGGAAAACCGUUUCUGCUCCGAACAAACGGGUUGUUCUCCCACCGAAGCAGGAAGCGGUGCUCCUCACCGCCGUGUGGCUCAAACAUGGAUCCAAAGAGCUUCACCUCCCCUUUAACAAAAAGCUGGAUCUGCUCGAUCCGCUUCUCCGACCUGUAAAUACACAGACGUGACGUUUGACGGAGUGGUGUGUCUCAAAGCACAGAUCUUCACCGUUCUGAUCCUGGACCGCGUCUCUUUUUUAACCACUGAUUCAUGCUCUUCAUCAUCAGCCUGUUGGGGGGGGGUUGUUCACAGCGUUCCUCAUCGUUAGUGUUCUCCGUCUGUCUCCGUGUUCAUUCAGAAAUAAUAAUUAUAAAUGGCAGGACGAAGCGUCCUGAUGUCUAAAGAGAAAACACUAAAGUACAGAGAAUUGUAAAAUAAAAUGUUGUUGGAUGACGUGCAACUAGACUUAUUUUGUUAAAGCGUGUAGAGAUGCAGGAUGAGAGGCGGCAUGUUGAAGAUGCUGAGAUGUUUGGAUUAAAGUUGUAGCAAAGCUGACCCACCA